GUGUCUUCGUGCCAAUUAACCACAUUUGGAAAUCGAAUUCUGCCGGAUAGAUCCGUCAAAUGACAGUAACAGCAAUACUGAGCAGCAGCAGGAGUUGCAACAACAGGAACUAUUGUCUACAACUGUCUAUUCUGGUCUUUCGGAAUUCCACCCAACUCAAUUUUUAGUCUCCCCGUACAGUCAACCCUUGUUUUAGCGGACACGCUCGGGAAGUUUGUCGGCACCGCCUUUGAGUUCUUUUGGCUAUAGCGUGAGUCCGCAAUAGCGGGAUAGAUGGUUGUGAAGUGUCACAUAUAACAGAUAUAACUUUUACUGCUCUAUGCUCUUUUAUAUUUAAUGGUAAAAUAGACUAUAUUAUAGUUUUUGAGACACAGUGUACAAACUAGUAAACAUUCCAAGACUGCAGAAUAAUUAUGUCAUUCAAUACGUCCAAGUCUGUUGUGACGAAAAGCGAACAAUGAAAUUAGUUGGGAUCACAUGAAGUGUGCGCAAUUUCUUAAUAGCGGGAGUUGUUUCCAUACGUUUCUUUGUAGUUUUGGCCGGGGAUGUAGCUUUUGUCGGUAAUAGCGGGGUGUCAUUUAGGCGAGUAAUGACUGCAUUCCCUUUCGCGUCUGAGAAACUCUAUAUUCUCUGAUAAUCUAACCGAUAGAAAUCUAACCUUGAUUAAUCGAUUAAUUUUAUUCUUUACGAGUCAUGAAUUCCGAACAAGGGAGGGGGUGAAUUAUUUAGUAGUUUAUCGUCUUUAUCGAUGAACUGCAUAAGUGGUGUAGCUAAAAGAGUGUGCAUAGUAUUUCAGAUCAGGCGACGCGCAUCAACUUUCCUCAAAGUUUACGUAAGAACGCAGCAUUUCAUGAUUAUAAUUAUAUCAAUACAGGAAGCAGCUCGCUCAGAAGCAGUCGAGGCAAACAGGCCUCUCUCAUUAAACGGCCCAUUUCCGGUUAUCGAACGCCCGAUAAACUGCGGGGUGGUCCUUAGAUUGAUAUGAAAAGUUAGAAGUAACUUACAAAUGGCACGCAACGCAUGCAGAAGCGAUGACGUUUAUAAUGUGGGCAUUCCAAAACAAACUAACGGAUGAAUAAGGUAAAUAAAAGUAAGUAAAAUUGGUACAGAAUGUGCGUGGAGUGAGUAGAAUUGGCAAGACUAAACAGUUCUUGAUAUCGGGUCAUCAUUCUCUUUCUUUUUCCGGUACAAAAAAAAAGGCACCGAUCUCUGCAAUUUCCUACGUGGUUCGAUAUCAAAUACUCCUUGUCAAUCAAAUGUCACUGUAAUGAAGCUCACGCUGUCCAUCACGCGACGACUCCUUCUAGAGGUCAGAAUUUUACUUCUGCAUACAUUUAAUGUUGCUGCAACCUCGAGAAGCUGCAUCUUAGGCGCCAGCGUUAGAUUUCGAUUGGAUUGCUCGGAUGUGAACCAACUCUGAUGCAAAUCUGUUCACCUUUGGGCCUAGUGGUCGUGUUCGUUUACAGUUUCAAGGUGAAUCGUACUAGCAUUUUGGUUGGAGGCCAAAGACAGUGAAAUAGUGUCAGGUUUGGUAGUGGAGACGCGCUAAAUGUAGAACGACAUCUUGUGAGGCAAUCUUCAGGAAGAUGAAUGAGGAUCACGAUAAACCUUUUAAGGUGAUCGUUUUCGGCGACGCAGGAGUUGGGAAGUCCGCGCUGAGUAUUCGCUACGUGUCUAAGGAGUUCUCGAGCACUUAUGACCCAACAAUAGAGGACAACUACGAAACUGAUAUCGAAGUGGAUGGGUGCCCGUUAAAAGUUGAAUUAAUCGACACGGCAGGAAAUGACGUGUUCCGGCGAAUGAGGGAUCAAUACAUUAAGAGUGGCGACGGAUUUCUGUUGGUUUACUCCAUCACAGACCACUCGAGCUCCCACUCAGUCACAGCUUUCCAUGAACAAAUCAUCGCUGCUAGAGGAGAAAAAGACAAAAUUAUACCACAAAUUCCCUUAGUCUUGGUUGGAAACAAGUGCGACUUAGAAGAUGACCGUGAGGUUUCAUAUCUAGACGGAAAGAAAAUCGCUGCCUCCUUUUCCUGUCCGUUUUUUGAGACUUCCGCUAAGAACGACAUUGGUGUUGAUGAAGUAUUCAUCAAUCUUGCACGGCAAAUGAAAGAAGCGAGAGCUGACUCGGUUCGAAAAGCCUUCAUAAGGGAACGACGAAGAUUCUCUCUACGAAAUAUGUCUUUAAGGGAGAGAAAGUGCAAGGAGAAACUGCAAGCUUUGAGGCCGAACGAAACGACGUCAAGUGUCCCUAGACGGAGACGGAGAAGUAUGUUACGAGGGUUUAUAUGUGGAGCAGGAAAUCUUGGUGCCACUGAUAUCUAGAGGACUUAUAUCCAGAUACUUAUCAAAUAUUGUAAUUCGUGUCAAGACAAGGGAGUAUGUGUUGACUUGGUACAGCUGUUACAUGAACACUCAAUAGAUGCAAAAGAUAUGACAAGGUAAAAUGUGAUCCUUCUGCUGUCGGGAAACACGGACUGAAAAGAAGGGGAAUUAAAAUGCCAGGAACUAGAAAACAAACUUCUCUAAAAUUGUCUGUUUCAUGGUCCUUAUGGAUUCUAACAAAUUGGCUCCUUAAUAGCAAGCCUUGAUGAUGGUUCCUAAAGAAUCCACACCAUCUUCAUUUUUUUGGUAUAGGGUAUAGGAUUGUAUACCACAAGACAAGAAGUAACUGUUGCUCGUACUAAAGGUUUGAAAUCGGUUACUUCUGCUAAGGGCUCGUGUCGUGUUAGCCGAUCAGGGGAAAAAUACACUUAGAAGCUAAUAUCAACUAUGUAAAGUUCACCAAAAUGAAAUUCAGCAUAAUGUAUACGAUUUCAUCAAUAUAUUUGUACUCGGCUUAAAUAUUAUCUGUAAAAAAGAAGAAAAUCAUAAAUUGUUCUUAAAAGACUCAGUUUUAAGUUGUAAAAGCAGUAUGACUGUUAUUGAGUUAUUAUUUGAACAAAAGCAGGCCAGAAAAAACUUGUAUUGCAUAUUGUAAUAGAUUUUUUCAAAGCAAAUAUAUAUAAGCAUGAUA